AUGAAAGUUUCGUGCAAUUUACUGUUGUCAUCUAACAUCUUCUUGAUGUUACUUGGACUGCUGACAGCCAAUAAACAUUCGCAGGACUGGGAGAAGAUUUUUGAGAAAGAUGAUAAAGGUAUGUUUCGAUUCUUUAGUGUGUCCUGCAAUAUCCUUAGCCAAUCAGAAACUAUGAAUUGUUUUAAAUCACAUGCAAUCAUGCAUACUUAUCCAACAUGUAAUUGUUCAACAUCGCGAACACAUGCAUUCUGUUGACGAUAUGUGAGUAGUUAACUGAUGGUUUACUCGUUGAAAUGCUGCUUGGGUUGUCAUCGGUAGAUUGAAUCGUUUGGGUGAUGGCUUGAUCAAUAACUGAUUGAUUAUUUAAUAGUUCCAGCUUUGGAAUGGGAAGAUAUUAUAUCCAACCACAGCGUCCGUUCUGAAAUCGAGUGUUCAUUUAACUGUGGUAAUGAACCAACAUGUGCUGGAUUUAAAUACAAAUUUGGUACAAACAGUCCAUCAGUAAACUGCCAACUCAGCAACACUACUGGCAAGAACAACAUGGCAUAUUAUGAUGAUCAAGGCUGGGUGUUUUUUAUCGAUGUUACAAAACAAUUGGUACGUAUACUUAAAGUAGGUGUGAUACAUAACAGUUCAUGGUAUAAAACGAACUCUUAAAACAACAGCAGGAUUCUUUUUCCGGAUUUUUAUCUCCAUGUUUCAUUCUUUAGAUAUUUCGUUUUUUUAAUUUAGUACGUCACCCUUGGUAUUCCUACAACUAAGAAAGAAAUGACUACAACGCCUGGUAUUCCCACAACUGGUAAGUGCAACGCACAUUUUAAAUUAAAUAUCUCCAUAUUUUAG